AUGGACAGAUGCAGAGUUCAGUGCUACGACUACCCCACCUGCCCGGAUGUGAAAGCUCCUCGAGAGGAGGUUGCCUACGUGACCUGUACCUACAGGGAGACGUGCAUCGACCAGCCUGACUUCCUGGCCACCAUCGAUCUCAACCCCAGAUCUCCACAUUAUUGCCAGGUGAUCCACCGCCUGCCCAUGCCCAACCUCAAGGACGAGCUGCAUGCCUCGGGGUGGAGCACGGGCUGCACCUGCUUUGACAAUGUCUCCACCAGAAGGAACAAGCUGAUCCUUCCCUGUUUGAUUUCUUCCCGCAUUUACGUGGUGGAUGUGGGGUCCCAGUGCCGGGCCCCCAAGAUCUGUAAGAUGAUUGAGCCAGUGGACGUCUUCUGGAAGUGCAACAAGGGGUACCUCAACGUGCCUCGCAGCCUGCCCAACGGGGACAUCCUGAUUGCCAACGUGGGAGAUCCAGCCGGCAACUCCAAAGGUGGGUUCAUUGUGCUGGACGGAGAGACCUUUGAGCUGAAGGGGAACUGGGAGAACGAGUGUGAGGCCCCCCCAAGCGGGUACGACUUCUGGUACCAGCCGCGCUACAACGUCCUGGUCAGCUCUGCUGGGAUGGCCCUCAAACGCGCGGGACGAGGAUUUUGUCCCAGCGACCUGAAGAAAGGGGUCUACGGGCGCCGCCUGAACGUGUGGAACUUGUCCUGCCGCUCGCUCACGCAGUGCUUUGACCUGGGGGAGGACUCUCUGCCCCUGAGUGUGAAAUUCCUGCACAACCCCGAGGCCGCCGAGGGCUACGUCAGCUGUGCCCUGAGCGGCGUCGUCUACCGCUUCUACAAGUGCGAGGCAAGUGCUGUGCCAGCAGCGGGGGAGCCGGCCCGGCCUGCGCCCGCAGGAACGCUCACGGCGCCGUGCCUGUGUUUCUUGUGCAGAGGGAGAACUGCAGUAGAAGAGGUGAUUCGGAUCCCGGCCAAGGACGUGUCGGGCUGGAUUAUGCCCAAGAUGCCGGCCUUCACCGUGGACCUCAUCAUCUCCACGGAUGACAAGUACCUGUAUCUCAGCAACUGGCUGCACGGAGACAUCCGCCAGUACGAGCUCUCCAAGAACUGCAAGCCCAGGCUGGUGGGACAGGUGUUUGUGGGAGGCAGCAUCCUCAGGGGCGGCCCCGUGACGGUCUGCAGAGACGAAGAGCUGAAGUGCCAGCCCGAGCCCUUGGUGAUCAAGUGCAAGAGGGUGUACGGCGGCCCCUGCAAACUGCAGCUCAGCCUGGAUGGCAAGAGGCUGUACGUCACCAACUCCUUCUACAGCACGUGGGACAAGCAGUUCUACCCCAACAUGGUCAGGGAAGGCUCUGUCAUGCUGCAGAUUGACGUGGACACUGAGAAAGGAGGCCUGACGGUGAACAAGAACUUCCUGGUGGAUUUUGGGAAGGAGCCCAACGGGCCUUGCCUUGCCCACGAGAUCCACUUUGCCUGUGGGGAUUCCACCUCCGAUAUCCUGGCCUAGGGCGCCCCUGAGAGACUCCCUCCUCCUCUCUCUCCUGUAGUGCAGCCGUUAGAAAAGAGCGUAGGGAAAUUGGGUCUGGGGGUCCCCGUUCAUUGCUGGAGUCUCGAUUUGUGCUAAGGAGCCAGGGCAGCUCGGCCUCGUGCCAGGGUUUGGUUUGGGC